GAGUCUGCGGGGAGGGAGUAUGGGGGAGCUGCCGAAAGCCUCGGGAAGGGGAGCCAGUGCAGGAGGUGAAGAGCAGCGGCGGCGGUGGCGGCAGGAACAGCAGUGGAGGCGAUCUCAGCCACAGAAGCCUAAGCUCCAGCCCCAGCGCAGCAGACAGUAACCGGGCUGGAAACCGAACCGAGCCGGGCCCAACUGUGAUGCUUCCUGACGGAUGAUGUUAUAACAGUGCCUGGAAGCCAAAGGGCUGCUUUUUUAGCUGAACAUACCUGAGUUGUCCCCAUAACCAUGGAGACUGGAAAGGAUGAAGCUUCUCAGGCCAAGGGAGCAGCAGCCUCUAUGGACACCCAGGACCAACGGGCAGAGAAAGGAGCCAAGAACAAUGCAGCUGAGAUGACAGAAGAGCCAGUGUCAGAGCCACCCUCAUCUGGCCCAGGUAGGCUGAAGAAAACUGCCAUGAAACUUUUUGGUGGCAGGAAGGGUAUCUGUACCCUGCCUAGUUUCUUUGGAGGGGGGCGAAGCAAAGGUUCUGGGAAAGGCAUCUCCAAGAAGGGUCUUAGCAAGAGCAAGACCCACGAUGGCCUGACUGAAGCAGCCCAUGGCCCUGAAGACAGUGUCAGUGAAGGAACCAGAUUUGCCUUACCUUUGCCUGAAUCACCUUGCCAACUUCCCAGUUCUCAGAGUGCCCAUGGGGUUUUGGAGACAGGCUCCAAAAGCAAAACAUCUGUGGCUGGAGCGACAGACAAAGCUGGGGCUGAGAAGGUUCCCUCUGUGCCCAAGCCAAAGAAAGGCCUGAAAGGUUUUUUCAGCAGUAUCCGCCGUCACCGGAAAAGCAAGGUCUCUGGGGCUGAACAAAAUAAGCUAGGGGCCAAGGGGUCUGAAGGGGCCAGAGCCAGGCCUCAUGAACGUGUAAGCUCAGCCCUUCUGCCCUGUGCUGAGGAUAUCCUCCAAGCUCACAGAAAGGAAAAUGCCAAAACCCAAGAUACCCCUGGGUCAAAAGUUUCUUUAGUACCAGAGUCUUCUCCAGCAGUCACUGAGAAGACAGCCUGUAAAGAUACAGAAAAACCCAUGGAGGACUGUGCCUCAGCACUUCUGCAGUCCAAGUCUGCCUCUGAAGCCAGUGGCCCAGAGGAGCCCCACAGUCCAAAAACAGGGGAGAAAUUGGUAGCAGAAGAGGUAAAUCCACCAAAUGGCCCUGUUGGGGACCAGCUGAGCCUCCUGUUUGGGGAUGUCACAUCCCUGAAAAGUUUUGACUCACUGACAGGUUGUGGUGACAUCAUAGCAGAGCAGGACAUGGACAGUAUGACAGACAGCAUGGCCUCUGGAGGCCAGAGGGCAAAUCGAGAUGGGACCAAGAGAAGUUCCUGCCUGGUGACCUACCAAGGAGGUGGGGAGGAGAUGGCCUUGCCAGAUGAUGAUGAUGAGGAAGAAGAGGAGGAUGACGAGGUAGAAUUAGAGGAAGAAGAAGAGGAUGUCAAGGAGGAAGAAGAUUAUGACUUAGAGUAUCUGUGGGCAAGUGCCCAGAUGUACCCAAGACCCAAUCUGCAUUUAGGCUACCAUCCCAUCACAUCUCCAGGAGAGCAUGGCUACAUGCUCCUUGACUCAGUUCGAUCUUAUCCUGGCUUAGCCCCUGGGGACCUUUUGACUCCUCAGAGUGACCAGCAAGAGUCUGCCCCCAAUAGUGAUGAGGGUUAUUAUGACUCCACAACACCUGGAUUUGAGGGUGAUUCAGGUGAGACCUUAGGGCUUGUCCGCAGGGAUUGCCUGCCCCGAGAUAGCUACAGUGGAGAUGCCCUGUAUGAGUUCUAUGAGCCAGAUGAUAGUCUUGAGGCCUCCCCACCUCUGGAUGACUGUCUUUAUGACCUCCAUGGUCGCAGCUCUGAAAAAUUUGACCCCUUCUUGAACUUUGAGCCCUUUUCUUCCUCUCGGCCACCUGGGGCAAUGGAGACAGAAGAAGAACGGCUAGUGACCAUCCAGAAACAGUUGUUAUAUUGGGAGCUUCGGCGAGAGCAGCUCGAGGUCCAAGAGGCUCAGGAGGCAUGUGCCCGAGAGGCUCACACCAGGGAGUUUUAUACCCAAGAAACUCAUGCCAGGGAGACCCAUGCCCGAGAAGCUCAUGUCAAAGAGGCCCAAGCCCGAGAGGCCUAUGCCAGGGAGACCUGUGCUAGGGAAGCACAUGCCCGAGAGGCCCAUGCUCGAGAGGCUCAAGUCCGGGAGGUUCAGGCCUGGCAAGAGAAGCCCAUCAUGGAAUAUCAGAUGAGGCCCUUAGGCCCAUCAGUGAUGGGCCUAGUGGCAGGGACAUCAGGGGCCUCUCAGACUUCCCACCGGGGAACCACCUCAGCUUUCCCUACCACUGCAGGCAGUGAGCCAGACUGGAGGGACUUCCGUCCUCUAGAGAAACGUUUUGAGGGAAUCUGCUCCAAGAAAGAUCAAAGUACCUGUCUAAUGCAGCUCUUCCAAAGUGAUGCUAUGUUUGAGCCAGACAUGAAAGAAGCAAAUUUUGGAGGAUCUCCCAGGAAGGCUUACCCUACUUAUUCACCCCCUGAGGAUCCAGAGGAAGAAGAGGUUGAGAAGGAAGGGAAUGCCACUGUAAGUUUCUCACAGGCCCUUGUGGAGUUCACCAGCAGUGGAAACCUCUUCUCCAGCAUGUCCUGCAGCUCUGACUCUGACUCAUCCUUCACUCAAAACCUCCCUGAGCUACCCCCUAUGGUGACCUUUGACAUUGCUGAUGUGGAACGGGAUGGGGAAGGCAAGUGUGAAGAGAAUCCUGAGUUCCAGAAUGAUGAAGACCUUGCAGCCUCCUUGGAAGCUUUUGAGCUGGGCUACUACCAGAAACACACAUUCACCAACUACCACAGCCGAUUCUACCAAGGUCUGCCCUGGGGUGUGAGCAGUCUCCCUCGGUACUUGGGACUGCCUGGCAUGCACCCUCGACCUCCACCUGCUGCCAUGGCCCUCAACAGGAGAAGCCGCUCUCUGGACACUGCGGAGACCCUGGAGCUGGAGCUCUCAAAUUCCCACCUGGCCCAGGGAUACAUGGUGUCUGAUGAGCUUCAGUUUCAGCAGCAAGAUUCAAAUGAAGAAGAAGAAGGAGGAGGAGGAGGUGGAGGAGGAGGAGAAUGGGGAAGAGACAGUCCUUUGUCCCUGUAUACUGAACCACCAGCAGCCUACGACUGGCUUGCCUGGGCUCCCUGUCCUCUCCCAAUGGGGCCAGGCCCUGCCUGGAUAAGUCCCAGCCAAUUGGAUGAGUCUUCUGGCCCUUCUCCAUAUGGGCAGACAACCUGUUGCAUACCUCCUGUGGCCAUGUCAAUGUUGCUCUCAGUAUCAGGGCCAGAGCUAAGGGUACCUGGGAUAUCCAGGCCUCAGCUAGCUCGGCCUUCACACCUACCCCUUCCCAUGGUCCCUUGUUAUAACCUGCAGCCACAGGCCUCUCAGAAUAUGAGAGCCAGGCCUCAAGAUAUGCUGUUGCCUAUUGAUGAGCCCAGUCGCUCCUCCAGUUCUGGAGGCUUCAACCCCAGCCCUCUGUCCCAGGCCAAGCCUGUGGGCAUCACUUAUGGCAUCCCUCAGCUGUCCAGGGUCCAGCCUGAGCCCCAACAGCCUCAACCCAUUCACUACAGGGCUUCCAGCCUUGACCUGUCAAAGGAGAGGGCUGAGCAAGGUGCCUAUCUCCCCACCAGCUAUUCCUCCACUGCUGUGAAUGGAAACCUAGCUGAGUAGUCAUCAUCUAUUCUGGAGUGGGGGCAUGGGGCCUAAGCAUGUGAUUGGGGAUCAGGGGUUGAGCAGAGGGGUGGGGGGUGGGGGUUGCUAUUUAACUUGAAAAUCCUUUUGGCCAAGGAAAGCUCCUAUGAGUUUUUGCCUUUGUUUUCCCACUUCCCUCUUCUGCCAAUCUGUGGUCACAUUCAGCUUGAGUACAUCUUCCCUGGGAGGCUACUGCUGCUCUGUGCUCCAGUUUUCCCUUUUGGGGUUUCUUGUUGCCCAUGCAGGAUUUGAGAUGCUGUACUUUUGUGACUAUUCCAGUUGCCCAGUUAGUGAUUAUAUAUAUAGCAUGCAUCCUUGACACAGGCUGACCCGUUAAUAUCCCUGCCACCACCCCCCCCACACAGUGAAUGAUGCACCACUGAUGAGCAGCCAGGUCUGCACUGCUUCCCACUUAAGGACAGAGGGCUUGUUUGCUAUUAACAAUGUGAAAUAAUGGUACAGAUCCUCUCCACCCCCACUCCCUUCAGUCUUGGCAUAGCUGCCACCAAUACAUCAGAUGAUUAUAUAAUCUGUUCACCCCAGCUAGCUGCCCUUAGAGAGGAUCAAGUAGCAUAUGUCUUA